AUGUGCUUGUGACGGGUGAAUCAGAUUAGACCCGGGAGGGCUGCUGGAGAUGGAGUGCCUGCUAUGCAUUACUUUGUCCCCUUCAUGAUCAGAACGGGCUGAGAGGGCGUGGGCAGUGGAGCGGGUGUUCAACGCACGAUGCUGAGCUUCCACACCCCAGGGAGAAGAGGUACUGUUGCCGGGGAGAAGGGAAUCACGACCAGGGUGAUCACCAACGCCGGGACUCCCAAAAGAUCCGAAGACAAGUUGCGAGCCCUCUGUGGGAAGCGCAUCUCGUCGAGGCUGCUGCUGAUACUGCUGAUGUGGACUGUGGUGCUGCGGAUUCUGGACAUGCCCAGGAUUCUUGUAGAGAUCCCUCUGAUCGGGCCGGCCGCCCAGAAACCCUAA